GAUGAAGAUCAUCUCGUUUACCGCAGAGGGAUUAUCAAAGUUUACUUGCAACCUUAGCGCGCGAACUCGAACUUCGCCCCCGUCAGGGGUACACUGUCGGAAUUCUCCUCCAACACCUUGUUAUCUAUCACCUCAGUCUCAGUUCAAGGAAACGAGCAGAAUCAUUGCAACUGAAAAUACUAGGCACCAUGCCAGAAAGUUCAAAGAGGUGUUCAAUAACUACCGAGUGUCUUCGAUACACCGAAUCACUGGAAGAAUUUUC